UCUGACAGAAGUGACAUUUGAGCAGAUUGCACAACACAAUGCAACUAAAAUAAACAACUGACGAAACGUAAACACCGAUCUUUUAAUUGAAAUCAGCUUCGAAAGCUAAUUCUGUUUCGAAUAUAUUCUCAUCAAAUUCUGGUACUAGCUUUUGAUCUAACAUCACAGGGACAAAGAAGGUUGGUGAACGGGACGGUGAUUUUAAUUUUAUUUUUUGCUUACAAUGACUGGUGUGGAACCCUUCUUGGAAUAUCAUUUUCACACAUUUUUCGAUGUUAAUGAUUCCGAACAAGUUUCUUAUGCAAUCAAACUGAGAAAUGAAAUCAUUGCAAACUGUGUGUCAAAACGAAUCAUUGCCAUUCCACUGCACUACCACUAUGAUCCUGAAAACCCCGUUCAGGAACACAACAGUGACACCGCUGGACUGAAUAUGCAACCUGUCGGACCACAUCCAAUGGGGUCGUUCGAAACCUGGGUGCCUGUCGAGUAUUUCGCCAAAUUGUACGAAUGGUUUCUGCAGAAACGUGGCCGAUUAACCAUAUUUGUUCAUCCAUUGACAAGGCAUGAAUUGGCCGAUCAUACGGAAAGAAUUGUUUUCAUGGGAAAGCCGUUCCCUUUACGUACUGAUGUAUUGAGAGAAGAGAUUCCCAACUUUGAAUCGCAAUAUAAAUAUCUCAAUUUGGGCUACGCAAAACCAAAGAAUGAAGAGAAAUAAAACGAUUGAAAAGAA